GCGCGCCAGAAUCAAGUUCAGUCGCGCCGCAAACGCGUUGCGGAAAUGUUUUAUUGUGAACAUCUUCGGCAUCGAUAAGCAAACAGUCGUCCUGGUCUCCUAGUUAAACACAGUCGGUUUAACUAACUAAAGCUAACACAAAUAUAUCGUUGAACGCAGUUGAAGGCCUCAUUGAAGCUAUGAAGCCGCAACUGGCGACGUCGACGUUGACGUUGCUGCUGGCGCUGACACUGCUGCUGUUGGGCCAGGCGCCGCCGCCCAGCGCUGGCUCCGCCGUGCUCAUCUCCGACAUGACCAUGACCAUGAUGGUGGAGCUCUCCUCGCGCCAUCCCUUUUGCAAAAUGCAUACAGAUCGCGGCGAUAUACAGCGCAUGCUGCUGCAGUCGGAUCCGCGGCGCAUACGCCAGGUGCCGCGCGAGUCUGUGCUGGAGCUGGAGGAGGUGUGUCGCCAUCAGGGCUCGUAUGGCAAUGAGUUCCGCGGCGGCUUGGGCUUCAUUUAUCCGGGCACCAAGUGGUGCGGCCCGGGCACGGCCGCCAGCAGCUAUGAGGACUUGGGCGCGCAUGCUCGCGAGGAUCGCUGCUGUCGCGAGCACGACAUGUGCCCCGAUGUGCUCAACGUGGGCGACUGUCGACGCGGCCUUUGCAAUCGCGGCACCUUCACGCGCUCCCACUGCGACUGCGAUGCGCGCUUCAGGCGCUGCCUGCAGGCGGCCAAUACGGAGACGGCCAAUACGCUGGGCGCCAUUUUCUACAAUGUGGUGCAGGUGACGUGCUUCCAGGAGCGCAGUCCCUGCUCGGCGCAUCAGAGAGCCGGCUACAAUCAAACGGAACAGGACGAGAUCUGCGCCCAGUGGCAAUAUCAACCCUCGGAGAAAUAUGUGCCCAGCCAGCCGCGCACCUCUUAAACUGUCGACACUGGCACUUGGCUACAAAUCUACAAAAGAGCAUCCAUACAUAUAUAUUUACAAUAGAGCAUAUAUAUAUAUAUAUAUCGAAAAUGUAUAUUUAUGUAUCUCCCUCCUCUUAUACGCUGCACACACCUGAUGCCGGAUCCGGAUACAGAGCAGCGCUAAGCGCUGAGCGC